CGCAGGGCGAGGGGGCGAUGGCGGACCUGAGCGGCGGGCUGGAGCUGGUGCCGGUGGCGCUGUGGCCGCCCGGGGAGGCCCCGCCGGCCUUUAAGUAUAGCCCAGACAACGUGGCUGGAGCAGAUGGAGACAUUGACCCCACUGAAAUCACCUUUCCUGGAUGUUCUUGUCUUACCAGCUCCUGCACAGCUCAUGAGUGCUCGUGUCUUCGCCAUGGUGAAAAUUACAGCAGCUUGUGCCUCAGGCUGAUGGAGAAAAAGGAGGAGUACGACAAACCUGUUUUCGAAUGCAACACCAUGUGCCCCUGUGGUGAAUCCUGUCAAAACAGGGUUGUUCAGAGGGGGCUGCAAUUCAGACUUGAGGUAUUUAAGACUGAGAAGAAAGGGUGGGGUCUUCGCACUCUGGAAUUCAUAAGUGAAGGAAGAUUUGUUUGUGAAUAUGCUGGUGAAGUUUUAGGCUUUAACGAGGCAUGUAGAAGAAUUCAGGCCCAGACAUCAAAGGACUCAAACUACAUUAUAGCAGUGAGGGAGCACCUCCACAGCGGUCGGAUAAUGGAGACAUUCGUUGACCCUACAUACAUCGGUAAUGUAGGCAGAUUCCUGAAUCAUUCCUGUGAACCAAAUUUAUUUAUGGUGCCAGUUAGAGUCGACUCAAUGGUGCCUAAGCUGGCGCUUUUUGCAGCUACUGAUAUUUCUGCUGGAGAGGAACUUUCAUAUGAUUAUUCUGGAAUAUUCCAUAAUUUACCAAUAACUAACAGAGAACAAAAAACUAUAGAGGAAGACAACAGAUUGAGAAAGCCUUGCUACUGUGGUUCCCGCACAUGUGCUUCUUUCUUACCUUGGGACAGCUCCCUCUUUUCCACAACAGAGACUUGUUCAGGGAGCUCUCCAUAGCUUUUUGGUCCCUAACGACACGUAAAAUGUAUAUUUUUCCCUAAUAGUUAAAUUGAAGUUAAACAAAACUGAUUGUGUAUUCCACCAAGGAAGCACAUGUGGUUUUGAAUAACACCUCAAAGACAAAAUUUGGGGCAUAACAUCAUGCAGCAUCCUAGAGACCGUUUCGAAGGUUGAUGGUCUGAAGGAGCACAGGAGCUUCAAGAUGUUCCAAAAUCCAUUACUAAGCCAGGCCUGGUGGUGUUUUCUUCUGACAGAUUCCUGUAUAUUAAAGCACAUCUCACAAUUUGUGCAUUUCAGAAAAAAAUGAACUUUUAACAUUGAUACAUGAAAAGGACAUGUAAUAACAAUGAGAAAUAUCAUUCAGGAGAAUGAGACCAAAGAAUACUGGCAUUUGCAACAAGGGCAGUAAGUUUCUUAAAUCCCAUUAAAAUAAAUUAUUUAAAAAUUACCUGCUUUAAAUGUUUUUGUUCCACAGAAUAUAAAUUACUGUUAUUAUUGAUGUAAAAAACCCAGAAAGAUCAGUUUGAAUGCUUCAUCCAUCCAUCCCCUUUUCCAUCUCCAGACACAUCUAGCUGCAUGCCAAAAUCUGUUUUUAUGUGACUAGUUCUGUCUCAUGACCAUUUAAUUUCUGUGUAAAUGGCACAGUACUGGAGGCUCUGACAUCUGUCUGAAGGUUCAUCUGCUAGGAUUUCUGAAAUAAGAGUAAGCAGCACACCCAUGUUUCUUUCCAGCACUAUUAUUCCACACUUUAGAAGGAAAUUCAGACUCUGCAGUCUAAAGGAGCAUAAUGCCACUAUUCUGACUUCUGAAAUGCAUUAAAGUAGGAAAUAGAAAAGAACAUCUGAACAACAACAGACUUGUCUCCUUAUAUUGUUGAACAGCUGGCAAAUAAGUGAGUGUUCCUUUCAGCUACUGAUUUGUUUUCACUAUUCCCACAGAGCCAGACUAUAUAAAGCAAAGCCUGUCCUUUCCCAGCAGAGGGAGAAAGUCAUUGCAUCUUUUCUUUCUCGUACAGGUCUAACACACAUACACUGCUUUACUAAGCCUCUCCUUACACCAGGGAUACAUGAGAGAGCUUGCCGGAUUCAGUACAUUCUGCAACGCCACGUUACUUCACUUCCUUUCUAGAAAGAUCGAAUUAAGGAAGUUUCAAACAGGCUUGUUUCAAAUUUCUCCCAGCUUUGAUAUACAAGACAGAAACUGCAAUGCUGCAUUUUACAGUUGUGCCACAGCAUGCCAUUAGUGGCACAACCCCUGAGGUUAUUUGCUCCGUACAGUUUGAUCUUUACCUGUAUUCACCACUUUUGACUUAACUUACACAAGGCAGCAUAUCUCAGGAGGAUGAGCUGCUCUGCAGGCCAUAGGUAACUGUUUUAAAGACAACUUCGAUUUCAACACGAGAGAUUAACCUGACGUUGGCAAGGGAUAAAGGAUAUUUAGCAAACGGCAAAAUAAUAGCAGCAAACCAAAAUCUUACUUUGUGUUCACCUAUGCUUUCUUGGUAAGUUUCAGUGUUAGUGUUUCCCCAUUUAAUAUCCGUCUUCAUGCUUCCGUUACAAAGAACUGCUGUUGAGGUUUACAUAUGGCUGUGGUUUUAGGUGAAGAUACAGAUUACCACUUAAGGUAACAGUUAAAUGUCACUUCUGUCAGUACAGAAAGCUUCCAACAGAGUUCAGCUGCUUGUCAAAAGUAAUUUACAAGCUGAGUGGCCAUAAACUUUACACCUUUAUCUGAUUAAGGGUGCCUGUUUCUACAGGAGAGAAGUUCUCCACAUCCUGUAACUCAGAAGGCACGGUGCUCUAGAUACCAGAACACUGCUUCAGUUGCAGGCUCUCUUGUCCUAUUUAGAGGCUUAUCAGGUUUUCUUCUCCCAAAAGGCAUCACGCCAGCCACCUUCAGCCUGUAGGACUGGAGGGCGGGGAGUGGAUGAUCCAAUCUACUUCCUCUUUCCGUCCUGGAAAAAGUUUCAGGACUAGUUUUACACAAUCUGUAUUCCUAUUCCUCAAGAUUAGAUGUGUUUUCAAGAUGACAGCACAGUUUGUGAGCUUCCUGUUAUCAAUAUGUACUUGGCAUGAUUUUGAGUAGUUAAGGAAGUGUAGAUUAAAAAAAAAAAUCCAAAAAACCCAACCUCAAAACACAGCCCCCUAAACACCAUUAGCAAUAUCUACUCCUGGCAUCACCAGCCUUAAAGCAGAGAACACAGCUGAGCCUUCUGUCUCUGCGCAAUCUGACCCUCUCGGGCCCAGCCAGCUAAUGCCGCUUCUAGGCAAGUGAACCAACUAUCAGUUACCUGGUUAGAACAAAGAAGAGAGUGUUGUACUGUUAAAAACAGCCAGGCACACUAAAUGCCUUGCAAGAACAUGAAAUAAGAUGUUGUCCUUGAGUUC